UGACCUGCUGCAACCGCAAGGUCUGCUGGGAUAUGUAGUCCCACGGCUGCAAUUGACUUCCGUUCCCAGUACGGUGGCUGAGGAGGCUCAUUGGCAGUCACCUUCCUGUGCCGCUCGCGGGAGUGGUGACCAUGGCUCAGAGCUCCCCGCCGCCCUUUGACCCCAGCAGCCCCUCCUUUAUCGAGGGCUUCGUCCCCACCCCCCUGCACCGGGAGGGGUUCCGGGACAAGUUCCUGCGCAAGAGCCGCGAGAACCCGCUGGUGCCCAUCGGCUGCCUCUCCACUGCAGGGGCUCUGACCUAUGGACUCAUUUGCUUCCAGAAGGGCAAUACCCGCCAGUCCCAGCUGAUGAUGCGGGCCCGUGUCCUGGCUCAGGGCUUCACCAUUGCUGCCAUCAUGGUGGGGGUGGUGGCUACAGCGAUGAAAGCUCAGAAGUGAGGUCAGGCUGGCCAUGAGCCGCAGCCUCCAGGAGUGGACAGACAACCUGUGCGUCAUGUCGUAGAAAUGGGCCCUUUGGCUGCUCUCAUCUUGCUGGGGGACCAGCUCAAUGGUGGUGGUGGAGCAAUUAUUAAAGAUCCUAGUGGGUUCUAGAGUUUUGGAAAUGCAGCAAAUACACCUGAGUGAAUCAACCUAAAACCUGACCUGUCAGAUUUCUUGACUCCUUGGGCACUCAUUCUUUCCUGGGGGACCCACGGGCAGCGUCAGGAUAAGGCCUCUGUCUCUGGCACCAAGCAUUAUUAAUGGCCGUUGGACUCAUUGCCUUGGUGACCCCCAUGGGGAAUGGGCUGUGCUGAGGCUUAGGCACAAUCAAGUGAUGCACCUUUCCAGGCAGGGAGUAGGAGAAAAAGAGCAGUCCCUCUCUCUGGGGCUGGAUCCUGUCUAGAGAGAUCACAUCCCAUAACCAGGGCUUGUCUGGAGAGAAUGUGUGAUCAGUUAGGUUACCAACCAUAAGCCAACUGCACCCGUGCUUCGUAAAGAGAAAAUUGCAAUGAGAUUCUGAUCAGGACAUUGAAUUCCAAAGCAGAGGGAAAUUGUGAAGGGUUCUUGCGUACUAUUGGGGGGACGGGGAACAGGUAGAGAACCGCUACCUUGCUGCUGUAGUGAUGGAGAUUAGGACACAGGAAAUGUAGCUUCCUGUUAGAAUGUGUGAAAUUAGAGGGUUUCAAACGUGGGGUCAGAUCAGGUCUGUGGCUUUUUUAAUAUUAUUUUGGUUGGAGUUUAACUGCUUUGAAACUAAUCAACCUUUAUCAAGAACUAGAAUGUCCUGCGUUCCGAGUCUCUGAUGCCCAACUGGAGCAGUAUUUCCUCCUGUCUUAACAAACCUCCCAGCAGGAGACUCCAUCUGCAAGCUCUCUGUGCAUUAAUUGGAACGGGAUUCAUAGUGACGUUGAAAGAUGGGGAAAACCCAAACUAAAGGCAAAAAUCUCAAUGAAUAAGGAUCCUCCUUUAGCAGCUAUCGAUGUAGCUCCAAAGUACUAUAAAGAAUCUUUGCUCUUCCUAAGUCAGACAUGCAGAGCUGGGGUGGGAGGAUUUCAUGAGAGGGAGGGAAAUGGUCUGUUGAAUCUAAUCAUUGUAUUUGCUGGCUGUGGUUCUCUCAUCCUUCCUUUUGGCAGCUGCAUAGUGCAGGACUCUGAUGGAGAAAGGCAGAUGGUAUUGACAGCACCAAACUGGUGGCUGGGGGUCCUGCAUUGAGCAGCUACACACAGCAGACGCAAUGAUCUAGACAGAAGAUUUGUGCCGUGAGGGGGUCUCCAGGCCAUGUGUCCAGGGAAUCUUUGUGACUGGGGAGGUCCCAGCUUGCCUCUCAGAUCCUGGGAGGUUUGCUGCCCUGUACUCGUACACAGGGCCAAGUGGCCUAGAAUCUUUGAGACAGUGAAUGUGGAAGCCAAUGAGGCUGAGUAGAAUGAAGCUACUCAGAGGCAAGGCUGGACAGAAGGAAGUCAGAGAACAGAGACUUAGUAACAUACCUCCUGCUGCCUCCCAUCCCCCUUCCCCUGGCCACAGCCCAGUGGCUUGCAUUGGCCAUUUGGCUGGACAGGGUGUUUUGUUUCAGCCCAGGGUGCUGUGGUUUUGGAUCUUGGCACAGGAGGGAUUGCGGGGUUAGUCUGACGAGCACCUUGUUCGUUUGCAAUCCGGCGGGGCUCAUCUCACCCAGCCAGGAUCUGCUUCACAAGGGGCUGUUUGGAUUUAAGGUAAUGGGAGUUUCACUAUAGCUAACACCCCAGUGUCAGGCAUGCUGAGGUCCUUGUCUCUGUUGGGACUAAAGACAGCCAGGUCCCGUGAACCUCCACUUUGGAAGUAGCCCGUAGACUCAGUUGAAGCUAGAAGAGCUGGUCCUGGGAGGUGGUCUGGAGGAGGCUGGUGCAUUUGUAUCUGAUCAUGUUGACAGGUGAAACUGUUUCUCUUCAGUUGGGUGGAGGCUGCUGUUUAAUAAACCUUCCUGUGGCUGAAGAAACUCCAUGUCUUGGCUCUAUCACUCAUGCUACCUACACAAAGAGGACUCUGCAUUGCACAACUGGAGCUGACUUGUUUCAGGCCGGGGGCAGCCGCUUGUACCAUCCAAUCCAGCAAGGCUCUGAGCAUGCCUGCCCUGGAGCCUGUGGGCACAUGCCCAGUUUCGGGAGAGGGUCUGCACAACAAAAGCUACCCCAGCCGCUGAAGUCUGAAUGGAGCGAGACUGUCUGCUCAGGAGAACCCAGCUGGGUGGGGGAAGCCCAACUCCAAACAAGAUCAUGAUUCGCUCUCUGCUUCCUGGAGGCUCAGAAUUCAUCAGCCACCCUGAGCUGCCAGCCCUGAGCUGAGCUCACAGCAAUUGCUGGUCGUAAAGCUGCAGUGAACCCAGCUCGCUCCUGCUU